AUGGACUGCGGAGGAGUCGGCGGAGCAUCAGUGGCGACUCGCAGCUGCGCCUUCUCCAGAACGCACCCGGCGACGUUGAUCCCUGUGCCAAGGAUUAGGCAGGCCAGGAAGGAGGCCGCCACCCUCGCCUCGGCCACUGCCUCGUCUUACACCGCGUAUUGCGCGACUUCAGAACCCGGUGCCGGCGCCCGUUCUCAUGUUCAACCGCAUUCGCAGUCACAGACGCAGUCGCACAUCGCCAGCCUUCGGCCUCAGCAGCUGACGACCCGCCUCAGCAGCGGCAAGGACCUGAUGAAGGCCGAAACCGGAGUCGCUGUCAACAGUAAGUGA